GCGGGCGGGGGGGCGGGGCGGGGCGGGGCCGGCGCGCCGGCGCCGGAGCCGGGAAGCGGGGGCUGGGGAGCGAUGGUCGCAAGAUGGCGGCGCUGAAGGAGGGUCGGAGCUACGGGCUGUCGUGCGGGCGAGUGAGCGACGGCAGCAAGGUGUCCGUGUUCCACGUGAAGCUCACCGACAGUGCUCUGAGGGCCUUCGAGAGCUACCGCGCCAGCCAGGAUUCUGUUUCGCUGAGACCAUCAAUUCGAUUUCAGGGAAGUCAAGGGCACAUCUCCAUCCCCCAACCCGACUGCCCCACGGAGGCGCGGACCUUCUCCUUCUACCUCUCCAACAUCGGCCGCGACAGCCCCCAGGGCAGCUUUGACUGCAUCCAGCAGUAUGUGUCCAGCCAUGGGGAUGUCCACCUGGACUGCCUGGGCAGCAUCCAGGACAAAGUCACGGUGUGUGCCACUGAUGACUCCUACCAGAAAGCGCGGCAGAGCAUGGCGCAGGCUGAGGAGGAGACACGGAGCCGUGGCGCCAUCGUCAUCAAGCCCGGAGGCCGCUACCUGGGCAAGAAGGUUCAGUUUCGGAAACCAGCCCCAGGGGCGACAGAUGCCGUGCCCUCCAGGAAGCGGGCCACCCCCAUCAACCCGGCAAGUGCCAUCAAGAAGAGCAGCGUUAGUGGUGUUAGUGGGGUGUCUCAGAGGCCCUUCCGUGAUCGGGUACUACACCUCCUGGCGCUGAGGCCCUACCGGAAGGCUGAGCUGCUGCUGCGGCUGCAGAAGGACGGCCUGACCCAGGCAGACAAGGAUGCACUGGAUGGCCUCCUCCAGCAGGUGGCCAACGUGAAUGCCAAGGACAGCACAUGCACACUGAAGGACUGUGUGUAUAAGGACGUGCAGAAGGACUGGCCUGGCUACUCGGAGGGGGACCAGCAGCUACUGAAGCGAAUGCUCAUCCGGAAGCUGUGCCAGCCACAGAGCGCAGGUGGCCUCCCUGGAGACCCUGCUGCUGCCAGCCCUCUGGGUGAGCAUGGGAGCUCAUCCUCACCCCCUCAGAAACGGCCACAGCCUCCUGAUUUCAUCGACCCCCUGGCCAACAAGAAACCCAGGAUAUCGCACUUCACUCAGAGAAUUCAGCCCGCAGUCAAUGGGAAGCUGAGCACACCCCACAGCCGUGAGCCCCUGCUGCCUACCCCGGGCCUGCCGCCCAGCACAGACUCCCACCUGCCCCCGCGGCUGGAGCCCCCUCGGGCCCAUGACCCCCUGGCUGAUGUCAGCAAUGAUCUGGGCCACAGUGGCCGGGACUGUGAGCAUGGGGAUGUGGCCACCCUGGCCCCAACUGAGCGCCUCAGCCUGCCCCUGCUGAUGGACUGUGCCCAGCCCAGCAGGCCCCACAGUGGCUCCUUGCGCAGCAAGUCAAAGAAGAAGUCCAAGAAGCACAAAGACAAGGAGAGGGCGGCUGAGGACAGGCCCCAGGCCCAGCCGCCAGACCAUGUGCCUGGCCCCCUUGGAGCCCCGCCAGAUGUCCCGGGUUUAAAUGGGGCCUGCAGCAGCUCAAGCGUCCCCACAUCCACCUCAGAGACCCCCGACUACCUGCUGAAAUACGCCACCAUCUCCUCCUCAGAGCAGCGCCAGAGCUACAAGAAUGACUUCAAUGCCGAGUAUAGUGAGUACCGCGACCUGCACGCCCGCAUCGAGCAGAUCACACGGCGCUUCACGCAGCUCGACGCCCAGCUCCGGCAGCUGUCCCAGGGCUCCGAGGAGUACGAGACUACUCGUGGGCAGAUUUUGCAGGAAUAUCGAAAAAUCAAAAAGACCAACACCAACUACAGCCAGGAGAAGCACCGCUGUGAGUACCUGCACAGCAAGCUGGCCCACAUCAAGAGGCUCAUCGCCGAGUAUGACCAGCGGCAGCUGCAGGCCUGGCCCUAGCCCGAGACCGCAGGGCAGGAGGUCCGCUCCACUGGCCAGGCCAGCUCUUCUCCCUGGGCUGACCUUUCUGGAUGGCGGGGAGCUGGGGUCAGGGGAGCUAAAGACGGGAAAAAAGAGAUUUAUUUAAAAAAAUAAACACAAGGAAGACAGGUUCAUCUGAGCCAGCAACGCCGGUUUUCAGGGGAGCCCCUGCAGACCUGGUGCUCACAGGUCACAGAUCCAGGUGGGGUGUCUCGGCCCCCACUCCUCCUGAGCAGCCCCCGCCCAGGAUGGGCUCCCCAAGAAGCCCACCUCCUUGCAGGCCGAAGCCCAAGGGGCUUCAGCUUCCUCUCGCCGGAAGACUUGGAGGCCGGCCUGCCUGCCUUUUCUGGUUUUAUACAAAGACAGCCACUUUUAGCUACUGCUUAUGAGACUGGAGUCUAUUUUUAUACAAAAGAGAAAGCAUCUUUUUUCUAAACCUGUGCCUCCCUCCCUGGACACUAGGGUCUAGAUGCCGCCCUGUGUCCUUUCUGCAGUAUUACAGAUGCCAUCAGAAAGUUCGGCGUUGUUGGUGCGAGCUCCAAGGAGAGAACCCGUGUGUGGUGGGUGGGCCGCGUCUCCCCUGCUGGUCUCAUGCUGGGUGCCUGGACAGGCCCUUCCCUGCAGCACCUGCCUCUCCUUCCUCCCCCUUGCUCCGAGGGGUCUCUGCGCUACGGGCUUGGGUGGGGCAGCUCCCAGGUCUAUUCGGAGAACCCAGCUGGCCCCCGAGCAGCUGCUGGGAGCCGGCCAGAGUGGAGCCCGAGGCGCUCCCGGCUUGCCCUGCUAUUUCAGACCCUCAGCUGUCGGGGCCGCUGGGCUUUUCUGUGUUACAAGCCUGCGCUCUGCAGCAGCGCUGUCGGGUUUUAGUUUAUGACGUUCUCAAUUUUCCCCUUUGCUGCUGCUUUUCAUUUCGCACUGUUGAGACUGUGUGGUCUCCAUGCUAUUGACCUCGCUCCAUCCCUCAGUCCACUUGUGGGUUCUGGGGUUGUCUUAGCAGAGCCACUGCGGGGUUUGCACUCAGGGAGGGGCUGGGGGUUGAUGGGGUUGGGGGCACCCCCCGAAAGUGAGCUCAGAAAAGGCACCUGGUCCUCCUGUUCUGGGGGUCACGGGUUCCGUGGACACCCCAAUUGCUGCUUAGUCGCUGUGCCUAGUCUAUUAUCCCCCAAAGCGUCAGGGGGCCAUGCGUGCGUGUGUGCGUGCCUGUGUGAGUGAGAGAGAGGGGCCCUGCCAGGGCAUGUUGGAGGCUGAGGCGUGUGUUCACAUUCAGGGCCAUGUUCAGUAAAACACCAGUGAGGGUGCAGUGGCUGCGGCCUGCAGCCCUGAGGUCACAGGGGCAUCGCUGCUGCCAGCGGUAGUGAGGCAGGGAGAGCGGGAACGCUCCCAUGGAGUGAGUUAUCUGUGCAGAGCUGUGGGGGUCUCCUCAUGGCUUCCCAAAGAGCAGGCGCCCUCGUGGAGGGGACCUGCACAGUGCCCCCUCACCCUGAAGUCUCUCUCUGCAGGCCCCCUGGGGUGCCUGGAGCACCGGAAACGACCCUUCAUGUUUCCCUAGCUGUCAUUUUGUUUUUCGUUUGGAGAGUGAGGGAAGGGCGGUGCGGACACUGGGUUGCAUAUGGGGACUUCUGGCCCAGCCGUGCGGGCGCGGUGGGGAUCAUCUGAGGAGGCCCUCUGCUCUGGAACCAGUUCAAGGGACUCUCAGCUGAUUUCCUUUUUGUUGUUGUUUUCUUGUUGUUUCUUGUUUUUUCCUCCUUUUAAGGAAUUAUGAAGCUAAGAAAAGUUCUGUGCUUUAGGGGUUGAUGGACAAAAGUUCUAGCUGAUUAAAUAUGGUCUAACUUAUUGAUACUGUGUUUUUUUUUCCUUUUAAUAUUGUACUGUGGAGAAAAACUAUUUUGAGCCAUGGAGUUGGUGUUUACAAGAACUUUUCACUUUUGCCAAAAUGUUCCAAUUGAAAGGCAUCCACAUCUUCAGUUUCCUAAUAUUUUCUUAAAAGACCUAGUGUCCUUUUUGUACACUAAACAGGUGAAUGCUGAUUUUUUUCAACCUAUAAUAAAUGUCACUGAGCCGAA